UACCAGGUUUAUUCGCAAAUAGCGGCCGGACAAAAGUCGUGUCGGUGUGAAAUACAAUAUUUAGAGACUAGAAGAGAAGUCGUGAAACUUGCUCACAAUGGGCAUUAAGUUCUCCACGUACAGCUAGCUUACGGCUAUCCAAUCAUUUCUUUCUCCGGAAUAAUUUUUAUUUUUAAUUGAAAGAGAGUGUGUGCGAGUGAGUGUAUGUGUGUGCGAGAGCGAGUGUGUUAUUACUAUAGUUAAUUUUGUUGUGUAAGUUGUUAUUCCUCUUCUCCAAGAAUAUCCGAAAUCAUCCGUGCAGAUGUUCAUUGGCUCAGGUUGAAAUGGAUAGAUAUCAUUCAUAUUUACGAUAGACCGCUGUGAGAAAACACUUGUUACUAAUUUCCCUCCCACACUUCUUCACCGAUUGACGAAACUUGUAUCUUAACACAAAACCCAACAUGGUCAAAGAGAAGCCAAAUUCCAUACGCAUUUACGACGACGAAGGAUUUCGCCGACGAGCCGCCUGUAUCUGUGUGCGGUCCGAUGCCGAAACUGAGGUUCUGCUAGUUACAUCUUCAAGGAAACCAGAAAAAUGGAUCGUGCCUGGAGGCGGCGUGGAACCCGAAGAAGAACCUAGCGUCACCGCCACUAGAGAAGUGCUCGAAGAGGCUGGUGUCAUCGGAAAGCUGGGCAGAAGCCUUGGCGUUUUUGAGAACCGGGAACACAAACAUCGGACUGAAGUAUAUGUGAUGACGGUAACGGAGGAGUUGGAGGAAUGGGAAGAUUCAAGAACUAUAUCAAGGAAACGACAGUGGUUCACGAUAGAUGAGGCCUUGGAACAAUUGGCUCUGCAUAAGCCGGUGCAGCGUCAUUAUCUUCAGCAGCUAAAGCGCUCCAAACUUACUUGACUUUAAUGCUUACUGUCAUCAUACGCUUCUGUUAUGGUUAUGUGGGUUUAUAUAUUAUGAAUAUAUAUGAAAAAAAAAUAUAAUAUAUUA